GUCCAUAAAAAGGGGACCCCAUAAAUCCAAACCCCCGCCCCCCACAAACACGCCCCGACGAGAGACCGACCGACCGACCCUCAAUCGUUUUCUUCUGCAGACGCAACAACGAUAAAAAUUAGUUCAUCCUUCUUCAAAUUUCUGCUCGCUGUUUGUUAUUGAUCGUGAUCGUACCAGUAGAGAUAAGCUAACCGCCUCUGUGUCUGCGAGGGUUUUGGCUGCCAGUGAUGAUGACGACGAUGGGGACGAAGAAGAGAAAGGAGCUCCAAGAUCAGGUCAACGAUGACUUCUCCGACUUCUCUCUCUCCUCUCCUGCCACCAAAAUCCGUCGACUGGAUGCCGGAUUGCCGCCGAUAAUGGAGGAGGAGGAGGAGGCACCGCAGAUUCCCUUCGUGAUGGCCGAGCAGAAUCUUCCUGGUAGUAAUCAUACGGAGCAAUUGGGAGCUUCAAAUUAUCAUCCACUGGUACAAGAACUACCCACUACGUUACCGCAGAAUGAAGAGAGGGCUAUUGUUCUCUUCAAGCCCCCCGUCUCCACCACUACGCCUCUGCUCCAAUCACCUACCAACUGGUCUCUGUCUGUUAGUUCUGACAUCAUCAUAGGCAUCAAAAAUGGAGAUAAAAUGCUCUGGUCAAGCCAGUCUAAUGCGGCAAGAUCAGCAGAAGAUGAAGCCAGACGGGAUCGCAUCACUUCAGGAACAAAUGAAUGCUUAGCAGUUGUUCCCUGGGUUCCAUCACAGUUUCCUCAGGCAUCAGGGACAGAGGCCCCUACGGGGGAGGUCUCAGAGAUGAUGGAUGCAGAAGAUGUAGGGGUGGUCACAAUGGAUAUUGAGGAAAACAAUGUAAACUUCGAACCUGGGCAAGAACAUAUAUCUGGUGCGAUGAAUGGAAGCGAUGGCUUUCACCAGUGGCAGCAGCAACACUGCAUGAUCCCGCAGCUGCCCCAGAACCCGUCCACCCCUGUUGUGUGGUACCGGUAACAAACUGUUAGAAAGCAAUGACCAUGUACCUCUGCGCCUUAUAAGUUUGUUUUGUUUUCCUUUUAGUGUUGGAAUUCCCUCCAGGAUGCAGGGAGCAAGUCCCCAGAUGUAAAGCUGGUGGAAAUUGGUUGUUUCCAAAAAUUUUCUCUGUCAUCCAUUUUGAAUCACACGACAGCAAGAUCGUGAAACUUGUUCCCGCUACAAGUCAAUUCGGAUGUGCUGUACCUAUAUUUGAAGUGAUCAGAAAAUGCAGUGCUGGGGUACCUCUUGAAA